AUGGCACCAUCCACCCCCAGCGGAAGCUCCGUGGACAACCCCACGGGAGGACCCGACGUCCUCAAGAUGAUACGGCAACUACAAAAAGCCCUCGACACCGUCAAGAAUGACAACGAGCAACUCACUACGCAACUCGUUGCUGUCAACAGCACGCAGCGAGGAGGCGGCAACGGAGGUUACAAACUCGCACCCCCCCAAUCAUACAGUGGGAAGGACGGAGGCAUUCAAGGAUUCCUCACCCAAACACGAGCCUAUCUACGCUUCUAUAGCGGGACCAUCAUCACCGAACCCGACAAGAUCCUGUACGUCGCCGGAUUCCUCAAAGAAGACGCCCUCGACUGGUUUAAACCAACCAUAAGGGAUUACCUCAACAACAGCGAGGACCGACAAGAAGACGACACACAGAAGGUGUUCAGCGACUACGGCGAAUUUGAGAGACGCCUACGAGCAACCUUCGGCAACCCGGACGAAGUCCGCACUACCGAACGAAGGCUCAUGCAACUCAAACAACGCGGAUCGGCCGCCAAAUACGCAUCCGAAUUCAAGCAAAUCGCAUCCAAAACCGAAUGGAGCGAUAACGAUACACUCAUAACGCUCUUCUACACAGGACUACGAAAAGACGUAAAAGACGAAGUCUCAAAGGAAGACAGACCCGACGAAUUCGACAGCUACGUCGAAAGAAUCGUCAAAAUCGACAACCGCCUGUAUGAGAGAAGACUCGAGAAACGAGGAUCCAGGAGCGAGCCACACACCCCGCGCAUUAAAGCAAACACCGGGAGGCCGCGACAAAACCACCACCGGGGCAGCGACAACCGACACCCCCCACGCAACCAAGGAUGGCAGAAUAGAACCUCCUAUGGACAUCAUAGCGGACCAAUGGACCUCGACGCGACCAGACACGACAAAGGUCGCAGGGAUAAGGACACGGCAAGUGUUACAUAUUACAACUACGGCAAAAAAAGGCACUACGCCAACAAAUACCGACAGGAACGCAAGUUCCAGCCCGUACCGGAAGGCAACCGGCAAGCCAACGCCCUUCACCGAGGAGAGAAUAACCAUGACACUCUCCCAAACGCCAACAAAACCAUCGCGAUAAUGCGACGAGAACCACUCGGGCCUUACAUGGCCGACACCAGCAGCGAUAACGAAAGAAACUACCUCAUCGCACAAGCCGAGGAAGAGGCACGACAGGACGCCAUCAACAACAUGGACCCAGCCAAGAAACUCGAGUACAGACUCCGGAACGCGAACAUCGAAAACAUCCCUCAGCGACUCGAGCAAAGAAUCAACUUCCAACAAGAAAAGGCCAUAAUGAUAGCCGGAUCGCACCCGUUAUCCGCCAACGAGCUACGCAACCUGCUCAACAAACUCCACCACGACAUCAUGAGGAACCAAGGAAACGACCCUACCGAAUUCCGGUUCGGAGAUGACGAACGACUGCGACCAAACCACAGGCAGCACGAAGAACUAUCGUGGAUAUCUUGCAUCAACGGACUAUGCGACUUGCACCUCGCAGAGAAACUGGAACACGAGCUGUUCCCCAGCCGCAAUGGGCAGAGAGCCAUUACGGAACCCUACGAAGUAGACGAGAUCCGUGAGGUAGUGGUGACCUACCGUGACGCCCGAGGUUACGCCGUCCUGACCACGCACCCUCACCGACCGUUUGAAUGCCUAUCCAAGCAAAGGGCCUGGAAGGACU